CAAUGUCCCGCAAAAAGGCGGGUAAGGGCAAAAACGCCAACAGCAGUCCGACGACAGGCAUCUCCACCGGAAACCAGAAGGGGGAAACUGGGAAGAGCACCGCAGGGACGGGGAGCGUGGUGCAGGCGAACGGUAUGGUUCAUCCGAGCAGACCCUCACUCAGCAACAGCAGCGAGUUUUAUGACAUCGCAUUCAAGGUGAUGCUGGUGGGAGACUCCGGUGUGGGGAAGACCUGUCUGCUGGUGCGCUUCAAAGACGGAGCCUUCCUGGCAGGAAGCUUCAUCUCUACUGUGGGCAUCGACUUCAGGAAUAAAGUGAUGAACAUUGACAGACUGAAGGUGAAGCUUCAGAUCUGGGACACAGCUGGACAGGAGCGUUUCCGCAGCGUCACACACGCCUACUACCGUGACGCCAAUGCUCUCCUGCUGCUGUAUGACGUGACCAACAGAACAUCUUUUGACAACAUCAAGGCCUGGCUGACUGAGAUCCAUGAUUACGCCCAGCAGGAUGUGGUCCUGAUGCUGCUGGGAAACAAGGCUGAUGCCACACAGCAGAGGGUGGUGAAGAGAGAGGAUGGAGAGAGGCUGGCCAAGGUUAUUCUAGUGGAUGAGGAGAGUAUAGUGGGGAAGUGUAAGAGAUUAGGGGGGGAGGAGGAGGGUGUCAAGAGGAAAAGGAAAAAGGGUGUGAACAAAGGCACCAUGGAAAUGUUGCCUGUUGCUGUGGGUGAGGCCCUAACCAGAGAGAAAGAGCAGGUGGUCAGGGUGGGAGAUAGAGAAGAGGAGGAAAGGAGAGAAAGAGGGGUUCUAUUUGGGAGUCUUAGACAGGAACUCUCACAAGUAGCGCCUGAGGAGACGCUGGUGAUCGGAGACCUGCAACGCAAGCUGGUGGACUUCUUUUGGUCGGGACAUCACUGGCUGAAGGCAGCAGUUUUGUACAUGACCGUCCACGAAGGAGGACAGGGCCUGGUGGAACUGGAGAGCAGGAUGGCUGCUUUCCGACUAAAGGCGGUGCAGAGACUGCUGUACCACACUGAUGUUGGCUGGAGGGAACCAGCAUGCGCUGCUGAGGAGAGCUGGCGGAUUAGGGUUGGACCGGCAGCUGUUCCUCAUGAAGCUGGAGGCUGA